UUAUGUUAAACGGCGACCAAAGGCCACCCCUGCCUUCGAUUAGGACAGCCUGGAGCCUGGAGCUCAACAAACUGCUUGAAUGCGCCUUGGCCUACCACGUUGGAGGAAAAUAUGCAUAGAAAAUAGUUUGUUUUUUGUGUCAACUAGCUGUACAAAUUGUCUGUGAAUAUGCUGAAUUGUUCCGUUCGUAUCGUCAACCUGGUGCUGCAGUUCCUCACGGCGGUGUCGGAGGUGCUGGCCUUGGUCUACCUGGUGAUGCUGCUGUACACGCACUGUGUGCUGGCCGGCGAGUUCCGCAGCUCCGUGCUGAUGUACGUCUACUUUCUGCCGGGCAUCACCGCGGAGAGCGUGAUCUUCGUGCUGUGUCGUGUGUGUUGCUUCAGCGUUGGACUCGAUCCAAUUGUGCGUAUACACUGGCCACCGACUGAAUGGUGUGGUGUACAUGUGUGUGCCUGCUUUACAGGCGAUCGUCUUCAAUCUGGCCAGCGGCGUCCUGUGCACUUUCACCAGCCUAAUCAUGCUCCUGUCCAUGCUCGAUCACUGUGGCAACGAGUACCAGUACAAGUUCUUUAUAGCCGGUGGAUUCGGCCUUCUGGCCGGAAUUCUUCACUUGCUGAAUGGCGUCAUCUGCAACAUCUACCUGCCCGCCGAGGAAUGGAUCUACGCGAAACCCUCGAAACGAGUCCGAAAAAGGCUUCAUGCAGCCUGGUUGCGGGAAAAAAGUCCUUAAAUGCAGCUUGAAAUUUGUGUAGAAAUUAAUUUGGGAUUUAAAAGGUAGAGAAAGUGGUUUUCCUGCAAAGACUUGGAAUAAGUUGGCAUGAGAUGGAGGUACAGUCAUCGUAAAAGGUGCAAUAUCUCUUCAUUAGGGAGAUCAAAAUACCAAUAAUAAUUCCAUUUAAGUAUUAUCCGAGUCUCUGCGUUCCUUAUUAGAGGAGGAGACACUUUCUAAUGCAUUUCAGUGGACUAUAUUGGUAUUGGAAAUUGGUAAGAGUCAUCCCAUAUUCCUGUGCCACUUAGUCAAUGGUCAAUGGCUGUCCUGGGAAACGGAUUCGAACUCUCUCUGGCAGUCGGAUAGAGAUGUAC